ACAGUUCGAGAUCGGCCAGCGCGACGACGCGACGUGCGACAUACGGUACGUGUUAUUAUAGUCAAUCCGCGAAGUACGUAAGAAUGCGUAGUCCCGUUUAGCGGUUUUCUCGAUCGAUCCCGAUCUCCGUCGAUCGCGUGUGGUGUCAGUGAAGGCGCGACGAAAGAGGAGAGGAAAAAAAAACGAACGGUGUGAACGGUGAAGAACGAAAGACUCGUUUCUCCCGAGGAGAGUGAAAAUAAGAAGAGGCAGCGAACAGCGCACGUCACGAUGGCAGACCGUCCCGCCUGCUUCGCGAUCGCCGUCCUGUUGCUACAGCUAACAGCUUUCGCGAACGCGAUAGAUCCUCACCUGGAGAUCCUGCCAAGCGGCGACAUGCAGACGAAGCCGAUCGGCUCCAGCAUCCUUCUCACGUGCAAACCGAAGGUGGACAAUCCGGAGCUCGUCCAGGACAUGCAAUGGCUCGAUCCGCAGAAUCGCGUGAUUGAGUCUCUCAAAUUCGUCGUCUUGCCGAUCGAAAGCACGCACACGGGUCACUCCAAGCCUGCCAUGUACACCGAGCUGCACCAGGAUCAUAGUCUGUCCCUGUUCUUUAAUUCUCUCCAGGAGGAGCAGGCUGGCAAGUACACCUGCAAGGGUACUUAUGCGCAAAACCAGCCGUUGAACAAAUCAGUGACGAUCGAUACCAUUAUUGCGAUCACGUGGGACGACGCGCCGGUAAAUCAAUAUCCCAUUCUCGGGGAGGACUUUUCUAUUAUGUGUCGAGUACGCGCUAGGCCUUCGCCCUCAGUCGAUUGGCUUUACAAUGGGGAAUUGAUAAAGACGAACGAUCGCUAUGUCAUAAACGCAUACUCCUUGAAGAUCAAUAAUGUACAAGAAUCCGAUGACGGCAUAUAUACUUGUCGUGCGUCAGUGCAGACCACAGGAGAAUUGCAAGAGCGACUUAUCCGCGUUGAGGUACACACACGACCAUCGAUCGAGGAGAUUUCGAGCCCGAUAGAUAUCACUGAGGGCGAGAAUGCAAAUAUCGAGUGCAAGGCCACUGGCAAACCGCCGCCAACGUUCACAUGGAUCAAGUCUCUCACUCAGCAAAAUCUCUCCAUUGCCGAUCGCUUUGGCGUCGAUCCGGUCACGGGUGUGCUCACUAUCACCAAUGUGAACCGCGAGGAUGCGGGCGAAUACCAGUGCACCGCGACAAAUCUUGCCGGCACAGUCACCACCAACAUCCAGGUGAACGUAAUCGUUAAACCGAAGAUCAUGGAGUUCCAGAACAAGACCGUGGUGGAGGGCAAGAACAAAGAGAUUAUAUGCAAGGCCUUCGGCCGGCCGCCUCCCGAGGUGACCUUCAAGAAACUCAAUAAGCAAUACCUGAUGGGCGCUCAGCCGCAGGACGAUCGAAUAAUCAUGACGAACAGAGCGGACGACGUGUCCGGCGAGACGGUCGGCGUCCUGGCGAUCCAUAGCGCUCUCACCAACGACGACGGUCUGUACGAAUGCGUGGCGAAGAACGCCGGCGGCGUCGCCUACAAGAACGGCCAUCUGACAGUCGAGUUCCCGCCCUCCUUCCGCAACAUGCCGAACAUUACGAUCUACUCGUGGGAACAGCGGCCAGUGAACCUCACUUGCGUCGCCGAGAGCAUACCGAACGCGACGAUACGCUGGACCAUGUACGGUGACCGGAGAGUCGAAGACGAUAUCACGAUCCAGGUGAUUGGCGACGGACCGACCUCCAUUCUUCAGAUACGGCCGACCGAUCGGAGGUACUACACCAACUACAAGUGCAUCGCCGCGAAUAUCCACGGCACGCGAGAACACAUAAUCGAGCUGAAGGAGGCGACGAAGCCCACCGAGCUCGUAAGCGUCAAAACAGUCGAGCUCACCGCCACGUCAAUAAAAUUCGAUCUGAUACCACCGAUGCAUCCGGAUCUACCCGUCGAAACCAUCAGCGUGCAGUACAAGGAUAAUAAUCAGAUCUGGCAAAAUGCGAAAAACAGGACGUGGUCUGUCGGUUCUGUAUACGUCGUCGAGGGCUUGAAGCCGCAGACGCCUUACGAUUUCCGCUUCGCGGCGAUGAACGAUGUCGGUCUGGGUAACUGGGGUGGCGAGCAGCACGAGACCACACCCGGCAGGACAGUGCCAAACCAGCCAAAGAUCCUGACUACGCCUGGCUCCGAGUACGAGCAGUCGGCGUUCAAUAACCAGUACGAGCUCAGUUGGCUCGCACCGCCUGACAAUGGCGAGCCCAUCGACAUGUAUCUGAUCAAGUACUGCCAGAUAAGACGGGUUUCGGGCGAAUGGGAGAUGUUGGACGAUACCUGUCAGGAAGUCAAGAGCCAGGGUAGGACGAGGCUGUAUCUGAAGGGCUUGAGCUCCGAUACCUUUUACAGGGUCGAGCUGCAAGCUCACAACAUAAUGGGCUACAGCAAACCCGGAUCCGCCAAGUUCAGGACGACCAGAGAAUCUGCGGGCAACACUGUGGACUACAUAUUAUUAUCUGCUGCUGGUGAUACUUGCAAGAUCGCCGUGGCCACCAUUACCGCAGCAGUAAUGCUUCUAUCUCUAGCCAUUUAGAGUCGUCGUAAGGAAUAUUUACUCCUCGCAUUCGCGCUAAUCCUCGUGAACCGUCGUAAACGCACGCGUGAACGAAGACGAGGCGAAUUCGUCGACAGUACAAGCGGGAGACACCACGAUGGAUGAGAAAGAAAGAAAAAGAGAGAGAGAGAGAGAGAAAGAGAUAUAUACACACGCUCUAUUAAUAUAACACACAAUCAUUCGUGAUUUCCUUGCGAAUCUCGUGUUUCGUUCGAAUCUGAUCUGAAAAAUCAACGCGAAUCUCACGGAUACUCGAAGCUUAAAAGAUAUUCGCGCGAGACACGACGGCGAAAGUUAAUCGCGCGACAUUCAUACACACACAUACACGCGCAAUUGUGUGUCGUUCAUUUAUACCCACUUAUAGUGUAAUAAAAGGAUCGACAACAACGAAGAGCCGAGGGGGAAAAAAAAUCGACUCACCGGUACAUUCCAAAAUAGCGUUUAAGUAGGGUUUUAUAAGAAGAGAGAAGCGCGUGAGAAAAGGAGAAGCGAAGUGUAUAUUUAUGCUUAUUAUUUGUUAAAUGCGCUCACUGUGUUAGUGUAAACGUACUGGUACGUUUUCUUCUUAUUUUUUUUUUUUUUUUUUUUUUCCCCGGAUUGUGCUAAGGCUGUAUACUCCUUUGGGUGAACUCUUGUAAGUAGCGGGUGCGCUCACCUGUUGUUCAUCGUGGUGCGAGAAAACUCACGUGACCAAAACGAUAACGUAUAUUGUAUCUCAGUUAUAAUUUUUAUUUUAAUAAUUAAAGAUAUUCAGAUUUAUCUACAUUCUUAAACGAGAGUUAAGAUAUUAUAGGUUUAUAAGUCACUGACGAGAUGUUCAGUCGUCAGAUUCUUGCAAUUUACGAACUUUUGUAUGUGGGAUUAUAUUAUAGCGAUAAUUAAAAAAAAAAGGAAUGUGCUUCCCUAUCUACAUAUAUAUACGUACGUCGAUUCGAGCGCAAACAAUUUAUCGAACAGAUAUCUGACUAUGAACAUGAGACUAUAAGGUAGCGAGACAGGUAUAAGAGUGCUACUGCCCUCAAUUGCCAACUAUUCACACGCAAAGCUCGGUAACGAAAGAGAAAAGUCGAUAUUAAGAGGCGAGCAGCCGCGAUUAGAAUCGUGGCGACUCGUAAAUCGCGUACACGCGAAUACGAAUGUAAUACUUGUACCUCGUUGAAUGCCUGCAAUCGGAGCACCAGAACCGUUCACUGAGUUUGCAUUAAUUAAUAUACGUCGGGUAAUUUAUGAAUAAUAAUUUUAGACGAAACUUUUUUUCACAUGUCCUUUUUGCGAUCUGACUUUUUUCGAAGAGGAAGUUGAUAAUAAACGUUCUAAGGAGAUGAUAAGGAGAACGCGAUGGAAGGAAGAGGGAGAGGAACAAUAAAGCGAUUAAGGAAACUCGAGUACUUGAACUAGCUCGCCGAUCCAUCAGGCUGUCGGGGGGAAAAAAAGAUUAAUCGAGUAUAAUGCAUAAGAAACGCGAUGAAAGAACUAUACGGUCCUUGCUAGUGGACCUUUGCGAUAGAGAGGGGGAAAAAUCCGUUUUUAUCAAAGAAUACCUGGACAGACAAGGCGCGAAGAGACAUUUUCCUGUUUGAAUCGACAACAUUCGCGACUCGCAUCCGUACGAUAUUCUUUCGCGAGCCAAAGAAUUUCACACGGGGGGAUCCGGAACCGUUAGUUCUAGAACUCCCGACUCUAUCUAACAGCGCGAACUUAAAAUAGUAGAGCCGCGAAACCUUUGACAAGAGAUCGCUGUAUAUAUUCUGCAAAACUAAAAUUUAUUUGCAUUUUUACAGCGAAUUAUUUAAAUUGCGCUAUAUUUUAGAAUUCUUUUUUUUUUUUUUUAGAGAGUUAAAAAACUGUUUUUUUUUUUAUAUAUUAUUUAGAACAAUGAAAUUAUACAUCAAAUUAUUAUAAUAUAACAAUUGAUUAACGUUUAUGUGGGCUGUUCUAUAUAUAGAGAAAUUAAAUGUCAUACGUCAUAUUCUCCCUCCUUAUGAAGAACGUUUCUUCAUAAUAUUUAUUUGGGGUGGUGUGUAAUCUCAUUGCAAGCAA